CCAAUUUAGCAAUCUUCAGGAGAUUCCUACACAAUGGCUACUCAAGUUCCCCUGGAUUCCCUCGAUAAGGAUCAACUGAAAACGUUUUCAGACUUCCUCAUGUCCUACAACAAACUCUCCGAGAUGUGUUUCAUAGACUGCGUUACAGAUUUCACAGCCAGGGAAGUUAAAAGCAAUGAAGAGCGAUGUGCACUCAAUUGCAUGGAAAAAUACCUGAAGAUGAACCAGAGGGUGUCACAGCGUUUCCAGGAAUAUCAGAUGAUAGCCAAUGAAAAUGCUCUGGCAAUGGUGCAGAAGUCAGGGCAGUUACCAGGCUAG